AAGGUUUUCUACUUUGCAUACAUAAUCAUGCAAAGUAGACAUGAACUUUGAAUUGUAUACAUAUAUUCACUCAGAAAGCGAAACUAUGGCAUUGCAAAAUUAACUUUCACCAGUUAAGCAAGCUACAUUCAAGUAAAUUCAUCUACAUAGCUAUUUUUCUACGUAGUUACCGAUCAGAAAAAGAAACUGUGCAAAAACCAUGCACGUUUUUUGCGAAAUAAUACCCGAUCGGUUCAAAUGGCAAGUAUUGAUUUAGGAAAUUACACACCACUGCAACAAAUCACACCUCCCCUGAAUGUAUACACCAUCACCGCGAUUUGUUUCUGGCUCCCGCUCUGCGCCGUAAAGCGGUGCCGCCUCGUCUCCAAACUUUGGAACGCUGGAGCCAUUCCAAUUCUUUUAAAGCGGUCCACCCUCCGACUAAAGUGCAACGAUAUUAACGAAAUUUCCAGAAAUGUAACCUUAUUCACGGAAAUAUCCUCCCUCACAAUUCCCGACAAUGUUCAAAUCACAAUUUUAAACCGGACACAUCUUGCCUACAGUCAUAUCACGCGGGACAUUUGGAAAAAUGAAUUUGCCGGAUUUUACGCCAAAAUCCCGGGAAUAACGUCCUGAUCCUUCAAAAAUUUGACGCUCUGCUGGAACAUUAAUUCCCACAUGGAAGCCGACUUGAUCCAGAAACUUAUUCAAAAUUCUUCCCGCACUUUAACCCAGCUGAACAUUUGUCCCAGCUACGACUACACUUAUACUGUAGAUGACCUACCUUUGCCCGAGUUUGAUCUGACAUUAUACAAAUUCGACGCUGUUAAAAGCUUGGAUUUAUCUGGAAUUUAUAUUGAUGGGUUUAUAGUGGAAAAUAAUUUGGCCAAAGUGUUAACAUUUGUCACCCAACUGAUGACCGUGUUUGACAAGUUGGAGGACCAUACUGUACACGAGUCCUUGAUAAAGUUGCUGGUUGAAAUAGUCGACGUAAUUCCUAGAACAAUGGUCAACCUCACAAUUUCUGGUGGAAUAUUCCACGACGAAUUACAAGACCUUACGCAAUUGAGUAAUCCCAUCAGAAAUCUAUCCUUUAAAGAGGUCGUCGUCCAUAAGGAUGCCAACCCUGACAUUAUCCCGCAACUGUACAACCUCCUAUCAAAACAUGCCCAAACCUUGGAACAUCUCACCUUAAGAUUCCCAACCUGGGCAAAUUAUAACGACGGCUUAAAGCUGCCCGCUCUUUUAAACCUCAGACGAUUUUAUCUGACCAUCCCGCCGUUAAAGUAUAACCCGAAUUUUUACAUUUCUUUUCCACCGGAAACCCCGAAUUUAUGCACGGUUUUCCCCCUCCUAAGAAAGUUCUGCUUAAUCUUUGAUGUCGGAUGGGAGAGUGAUUGGGCAUCCUGUUUCGAGUCUUUGUUCACUAACGGGGUUCCCGUUUGUCCGAGUGUGAGACACUUUGAGAUAAGGGAUGCCUGCUGGAAAAGACCUUGCGUCAUUGUUAAUAACGGGUACGAGCUUGACGUCAAAUAUGCCCGAAUUUUAAAAAUAUUUCCAAACGCGAAUAAUAAAUUUGUUACCGAUUUGAGAGAAUAUUUGGAAAAGAAGGGAACUUAUUUGUAAUUCCAUAAGUAACACGUUGAAGCAACGCGUCAUUUCGCACUUUUGUAUAAAAUUUACAAAAAUGUGUAUCAUUAUUUGAAAAAUUAAAAUUUGAAAUUUUAUUUCAUAACCGUUUAAUUUGAUUUACGAUGUGUCAAAUUCUGCUGAGGGUUCUUGCAAUGAAGUAUUUAAUCGUAAACUGUUUUCUACUUAAAUAUGUUUGUAGAGAUAAACCAGACCAAGCGUUCCACAAAACGGUUUCGCAGGAGAAGUUGAGACAGAGUGAGAAAAGUGGUUCGCGGUGGGUUUCCACCACCACUUCGAGUCAGGGUCGUAUGAAACCCAUUUCCCUUUGUCUCACUUUCUCCAUGCAGCCAUACUAUGCAUGUAUGUAUGUUACGGCUCUUGCAAAAUAAGCCCCUCCCACAGAAACUUUGACCUGAAAAAUCUCCUGGUUCCCACACUUUUACUUCGGACAACAAAAGCUGAAAAUAUAGCUCUUCUCAAGCAGAAAAAUCUGGCAUCAGGUUGUCAGAAGUAAAAGUGCGGGAACCAUGAGUUUUUUAACGAUUUAUGUGUAGGUCAAAAAACCGCCAAUUUUCGAAUUUUGAAACUUUUGAUGCAUCAAAAUGUUCGUAUUCAUAGGACAAGUCAAAUGUCAAAUACAACUUAUGGUCUAAUUCUUAUGUUACAGAGUGUACAUUAGCUUUCUCAUUUUUUCCAGUUUCCUUCCUCAAUUUUUAAAAGGGGUGUGGUUUCAUAUAAUUCUAAAAUAGCUAUGCUACAUUGAUGGUUGCGCCCGAAAUUUUGCUUGUAAAUUUUUAUAUUUGAUUAGAAAAAAUCGAUGCAACGUGGAAUGGAACAUAUCCAAUGGAACAUCUCUGUAUAGUAUUUACGUAAAUAUAGUAAGAAACUGUUAAUUAGAAAAUAGGAAAUUACAAAUAUUUUUUCUGAAUCUGAUAAAUUCCUUUUGUAAAUCUGAAAUACAGAAUGACAAAAACAGGGUUUCGGAAAUUCACCCUUUUUUGGAUAAUUCCCAUCACAGUGGGAAUAACUGUGAAAAACUGGGAAAAAUGGGAAAAACUGUGAAAAUCCCAAUUUACGGCAUUUUCAACGGAAAAAGUCUUAUUUUCUCGUGAGUCAAAUGGGUUAAUGUGGGAUCUCUCAAACUAAGAACUGCGCUCGAUUCAGCUCUCCUUGAAGGCAUUAAUUAAUUGUGGUUAAAUAUUUCUUGAAAAUAGUUGGAGAUUUAAUAUUUUCUAAGAUGGUUAACACUCGAAAGAAGGCUUCAAAAAAAAGCAUUUCCUGGUUUUGGUGGGUCAAAACCUUCAAGAUGCAGUUGGUGAGUAAAUUAAAGAGUAUAUUAUUAAAGUAAUGAGUAAAUUAUUUCAAUACGUGCCAGUGCCAAUAUUUUGUGCCCGUGUCGUAUAAUUCGUUCUUUUAUGUCUAAAGUAAUUCUUUUUAAUAGACGACGUACUGUCAAAUACGCAGCCCGAACAUUCUAAGAGUGAAAAUAACGACGGUGGUAAUGUGCGAUAAUGUUAAUUAACAAUAUAAACAAAAUUUAAUUGUGUGAGAACAAGAGAAAGUAAACAAUUCACAGUAGUUUUUUAAUCUUCGCUCCUUUAACGUGUAUUAAAUUACCCCAAUUUGAUUUUCACAGUUAUUCACAGUUAUUCACAGUGAGGUCUGGUGGUAAUUAACGGUAAUUACCGUUAAUUACCGGUGGUAAUUACCACCCGGUAAUUCACACCCGGAACCCUGGACAAUAAUGACGAAAUGUGUCAAGACUCAUGUACACCCAAAUAUCUACACAUGUAACAGAAAUUUUUACUUGGAAUAAAAGUUGUUUCAUAUUA